AUGUCCAUUGGCGCCGGGGAGGUGGAGAGGCUAACGCGGCUGCCCAUCGUGGAUAUUCUCACAGGUUCUUUUUGUUUCUUUGUAGUGGCUGCCCAGCGGAUAUACAAAGAGGUACAGGAUUACUAUGGCAAAGAGGUGACGAAAACAACGGAUCUCAAAACCAAUGCUUGCCUUAUGACAGCAAGACCUUUGCCCACGUUUGUCAGAGAAGCACUCCAGUGUGUGCAUGAAGAAGUCUCAGCAAAGUAUUAUGGUUGUGGCCUGGUGAUACCGGAGUGCCUAGAAAAUUGUUGGAUAUUAGAUUUGGGCAGUGGGAGUGGAAGAGAUUGUUACAUGCUCAGUAAACUGGUUGGGGAGAAUGGACAUGUUACUGGGAUAGACAUGACUGAAGCUCAGCUAGAAGUGGCAAAGAAGUACAUUGACUAUCACAUGAACAAAUUUGACUACCAAAAUCCCAAUGUAAACUUCAUCCUUGGACACAUAGAAAAACUGGGAGCAGCGGACCUGAAGGAUGAAAGCUAUGACCUUGUAAUCUCCAACUGUGUGGUUAACCUGUCUCCCAAUAAAAGAUCCGUCCUGCGUGAGGCCUAUCGAGUGUUAAAGACAGGCGGGGAGAUGUAUUUCAGUGACGUGUAUGCCAGCCAUGACCUGCCUGAGGAGAUCAGGAAACAUAGGAUCUUGUGGGGUGAGUGCCUAGGUGGAGCCCUGUGGUGGGAAGAUCUGUACAAAAUAGCUGAGGAUGCUGGGUUCUUGCCACCUCGACUGGUGACAGCCUCUCGAAUAUCCAUCAGUAAUAAGGAGCUGGAAAAAGUUGUGGGUGACUGCCAGUUUGUUUCUGUUACUUUCCGCCUCUUUAAGGUCCCCCAGGAUGACUCAGCUCAAAGGUGUGAAGUUAUUUACAAUGGAGAAAUCACUGGACAUAAGAAAGAACUAGAGUUUGAUGUUAACUACAAGUUCAAGCAAGGAGAAGUGGUGGAAGUGGAUAAGGAGACAGCAGCUAUUCUACAGCACUCCAGAUUUGCUACGAAGUUCCUGAUCCGUCCAGUGGGGCAGAAGCAGCCAGGCCCUGAAAGCUGUAGUCCUGAGAAAGUAAAGGACAAGAUUCGAGAUCCCUUUAAAGUAGUGGAGCAGAUGGAGGCAAGAGUGCCUAAACAGAUUGUAUCGGGAUGCUGUGGAACUAAAGGAUGCUGUUGA